GGAUUUCAAAAUUCAAAAAAGAAGGAAAGAGGUCGCCGGCCGUUGCCCAAGCUCCCCCCUCUGUCAAUGGCCGCGGAAGGAGCGAGAGCGGCGCAGAGAAGAGCCCUCGCCGCCUUCCCAGGUCACAGAAGACGUGAUCUCCGAUAUCCUCCCAUCGCUGACGCCCAAAUACGCCCUCCGCUCCCGCGCCGUCUGCGAGCGUCUGGCUCUCGCUCCGGCUCGCCGCCGACCGCUAGAUCCCCCUUGCUCCCUGCUCCUUUCCUACUGCGAGGCCCCCAAGCCAGCGCGCCUCUCCAACUGCUUCGAGCUCGAGCUCGAGGCCGUCGGGCUCACCACCGACAAGCGCCGGUUGGUCGUGCGCUUCAUCGGCGGACGGCCUCGCCUACAGAGUCCGCGAGGUGCAGCGUCCUGCGACGGCAUCCUCAGCGUCCUCGACGCCUUCUUCGUCUGCAAACCCGCCACGCGCCGGUACGCUCCCCUCCCGCCGCCCCGUGGCCCGUGGGAAUGCCGGGUCGGGUCCUGUGCCGCCGAGACCAACACGGCGGGCUCCCACCGGCCAUCUCAGCUGGCGAGGGGCAUCGAGCGCGCCGUCGUCUGCACUGGACUACUGGAGUGGACGAGGUGGCGUCGGUGGAGCGCGCGCGCCUGCACCAACCCGCCCGGUCCUUCCUUGUACACGGCACGGCAGCCUGCAGUCCUGCACUGCACUGGGCGCCAAGCGGACAACAUACUGGCCGGUGUUGGACAGUCGACACAGCUGCUCAUCCCCGGCUCAUGGUCAUGGAGGAGCACGAUGCAAUGCCAUGCUCUGCCCUAGGGGCUGUGGCGAUUGUGUCUGACGACAACAAGGGGAAAUUACACUACAGCCGUCUCUCUGUUCUGAUGGCUGCCGCACCCUGCUAUUCAGUUGGCCCGCGAUCAGACUGAUAGAUGCCCAAAGGCAGGGUACUGUAGCGUCCCUGCCGUGCUCACUGCACGGUAGAGGAGCCGGUUCCGGCACUUGACGGGGCGAGCUCCCCCUCCCCCUCGAUUUCCCCAACAACUACAGGGCGAGCUCCCCCUCCCCCUCGAUUUCCCCACAGCGCACGCAGUUGACGGGACGACACGAACCCGAGCGAGCACCAAGAACAAGGAAUCCGUCCUGGUGCCCCAGCAGCGCAGGCCCUUGGCGGGAUGACGAGAACCGGAUCAAGCGCCAAGAACAAGGAAUCCGUCCAGACCGAGAUCGACAUGGAAUCGAAGAGGUCGUCAACGGCGGCGGGGCACAUCGCUGACCUCCCCGAGCAGAUCUGGUGGGCAAUCCUCGAGCGACUCCCGCCCAAGUCAGUCCUGCGAUUUCGUGCUGUCUGCAAAUCUUGGCUCAACCGCAUCAGCAACAACAAUUUCCUCGAAGAAUACCAUGGGCGCCAAAAGCCACAGCACCUGAUCGUCCCAGUCGAUCCAGACAACACCAGGCAUAAGAUGAGUCACCGUGUAGAUGCUGUUGAUUUCCAGCACCCCGAGGACGGUUUCCGCUCCAUAAUCAGCUUCACCAGCUUUGGAGUAUUUGAGGUCUUUGAUCCAGAUGAAGAAACCGCAGAGCAUCUAAUGUCUGCCGUACAGGGCUCAAUUGGAGGCCUCCUCCUCGUCUCCUUCGAGCACAGGUGCUAUAUCUGCAACCCAGGUACAAAAGAAUCACGCCGCCUCCCACAGCUGGAUGACCAUGAAAUCUUGGGACUGUACAUGCUGGGCGAUGAGUUUAGGGUCCUCUAUCUCAAGGAAGAUGAGGAGGGUGAUGCCGAAUUCUUCGUCCUGUCAGUGCAUCAAUCUCUUAGCAAUAAAUCCAUUGGGUACUGCCCUGUGUCGCCCGCGGCGAAUCUGCCAGAAAUUGAUGGACCGAAGAAGCUGGGGUUCAGCCUGCAGAGUUCGGCAAUUGAGCCGCCUGCCAUGGUCGGGGCCAACCUUUAUUGGGCACCGUUGGAGCUGUGGCCACGGGAAAUUACAGUUUUUGAUUACCAGUCUGAGCUUUUUCACUGGAUGAAGCUUCCCAAGACCAAGGAGCGCUCCAAGAGCAACACCAACAAUACGAUGAAGGUUCUUGAGUUGGACGGCGAGUUGGGGUUGUCUCUUCACAGGAGGGGUGAAUCAAGUGUUGAGCUAUGGGUAUUAGAUUCUCUGAAGAUGUGGGAGCUCAAACACAGUAUUCAGUUGCCGGUUGCAGAUAUCACUGGCUUUGGAGCACAUACCUGGGAUCCCUUUCUUAUGUCCAUGGAUGGAGGUGUGAUCGUAAGGUGCGUGUCCCAGGGCCAGGGCCAGGGAGGGGAAGGCCAACAAGGCACUCAGGCGCUCCUGUACUGCAACAGACACGGAGAGCUAGCGCCUGGACCACUGUUCGUAGGCGAUUUGGCUGCGCCUGCCAUACACCUAUUCAAGCAAAGCAUUAGGCGACAUGCCCUGUUCCAGGGGCAUCAGCAAGAUGCUACGUCUCCCUUGUCACUCUUCCGGGACCUCUAGAUCAGCAACCUUUCAGAGAGAUUCAGCCUGCUGCCAGGUGAUUUGCUUGCACCUGCUCCAGGAAAGUAUUAUGCGACAUGAUAUGUUUCCAGGUGCAUAAGGAGGAGGAUGCCGUUUCACCACUGCUUCAGGAUUUGCAGAUCACAGCUCCUACUUGCCGUGCUUUCUUGUAUAUUGGGCCCUCUGAUGCUGAUGUCUCACUAAUGUUCCAAGAUCUGUAGAUUAGAGCUUGUGCCUGUCAAUGUAUUUUUUGGAGAUUGACCCUGCACAUGAUUUCCUUUCUGAAUAUCCCUGUAUUGUAAUUGCAACGUCUAGUGUUGACAUUCAAACUGAUUAGCUUUUCUUAUCAAGGUUCAGACUUCAAAAAUACUGAUUUUCUUCUUCUC